AAAGCUCCUGUCAUCAUGUCUGACACAGAAGACGCUGGGGUCGAGGAGGUAGUAGAGGUAGAGGUAGCUCCAGAGGCAGCUCCUGAACCGGAGCCUGAGCCUGAGCAAGAACCUGAGCCAGAGCCAGAACCAGAGCCAGAGCCAGUAAAAGAACCAGAACCUGAGCCAGAACCAGAGGUGCAUGAGGAAGAGGAGAAGCCCAAGUUCAAACCAAGUGCUCCUAAGAUCCCUGAUGGAGAGAAGGUUGACUUUGAUGACAUCCAUAAGAAGCGUCAAAACAAGGAUCUUGUUGAGCUGCAGGCCCUGAUCGAUGCCCAUUUUGAGGCCAGGAAGAAGGAAGAGGAGGAACUCAUUGCUCUGAAAUCAAGAAUUGAAAAACGUAGGACAGAGAGGGCAGAUCAGCAGAGGACCCGUGCUGAGAAGGACAAGGAGCGCCAGGCAAGACGUGAGGGUGAGGAAGAGGAGGCUGAUGCUAAGAAGAGGGCAGAUGACGACAUGAAGAAGAAGUCUGCUCUGUCUAGCAUGGGCUCCCAGUACAGCAGCUAUCUGCAGAAGGCCGAUUCCAAGAGGGGAGGUAAGAAGCAAACUGAAAGAGAGAAGAAGAAGAAGAUUCUGUCAGACAGACGCAAGCCACUGAACGUUGACCAUCUGAAUGAGGACAAGCUGAAGGAGAAGGCCAAGGAGCUGUGGGACUGGAUGUACCAGCUGGAGUCUGAGAAGUUUGAACACACAGAGAAACUUAAGAGGCAGAAGUAUGAGAUUACUACCCAGCGUAUGAGAGUGGAGGAGCUCAGUAAAUACUCAAAGAAGGGUGCUGCUGCUCGCCGCAGAAAGUAAACUGUCAUGGAGAAGUCUACCGUCGUGGUAUGGACGUUUCUGCUGCCUGUCUCUUUAAGCUCUACACAUACUUGUCAGGACUUUCUGACACCAGAGAUGGUCAAAGGCGGUCUGCCACUCCCUGCGUGAUACUAACACAGUCCGGUUUUAGCAGUAGUUGCAGUAGACACUUCCCCCAUGUGUCUGUCUUUAGGUUCUCACCUUCUGUUUUUGUAAAUAAUGUUUUGGCUUGCCAGCUAUAUCUGUUGCACUGUAACUAUCUGGCAGUUCAAUAAAAUUAUUCGGGACUGAACUAAAUGUUUCCUGAUUAUAGAGAAAUAUUAUCUGAUAUUUAAAUAUAUUCAGCUACCUUCUUUCUCUAAAUGCCCUUGUUUUGUCCUAGCCAUAGCCUUAUAUUUUUCAGAAAUGCCAAUGUAGGUUUUCAUAUGCAGCCGUGCAAACAGUGUGAAAGUUUCUUUAUAACUGACUAUUUAUUUUACAUGGAAAAAAAUGUUACAGGUAUUUAAAAAAAUACCACAGUAAAGUGGUUUCCUAUGGAGUGGGCGUACAAUAUUGUGGUGCCUUGUAAGUUUUGAGGUAUUGUGCCAAUGAUCUUAGUGUAUCUUACAAUAUGGCAUACAUAUCCAGUAUCAAUGCAUUUAGGUGACUGAUAUAUUUUAAAAAUAUUAACACAGUAAAACAAAUUCAUAUGGUGACAGUAGGUUUUAAGAAUUAAUGUUUAUAAGUAGUCUCUGACUGUUGCAAAUAAUCUUGCCAUGAUGUAUAAUUAUAUUAAACAAAUGUGAGUUAUUUAAAGAGAAACAUACAAAAAUAAUGAUACAACUGAUAAAAAUACCACCAUGAUUCUCGCCUAUAAAUAAUUAAUAUAGCCUAAAAACCUGAAAACACAUUUUGUUAUGCUACGCUAUUACUUGUUAGGCUAAAAUUAGCUGGUCCACUAAAUGAAAACAUCUCAGUCACAGUUACUCUUAAACUACAGUUUAUUUGACAAAAGUGGAAUUUGAAAAUAGUACAUUUUUGUUUCUGCUUUUGGAAUUUUGCAGUCAUUUAAUUCAGUUUGUAAAACAUACUGUACUAUUUCCAUAAUUUAAGCAUUAGUGUUUAUUGCAAUAUUUAAUCUAGUUUAAUCACAACAUUUGUAAGGAAUAAGAAUUUGAAAAAAAAAACAAUGCUGUACGUGUACGUCGAUAAAAUAAAGAUUGAAAUUCACUAUG